AUGAUCGGGAAAGUGUCAAAGGAUGGCAAGAUUGCGAUGUCAUGGAACGCGUAUCCGACAGGGGGUGAAUCUAAGAGGCAAGGUUUGCAUAACACAAACUCGUGCUCGACGAGCUUUCUGUACCUGGCGUUGGGGUUGGGGUGUCGAUACAAUCAAGGCAUUACUAUAUUGCUAUUCUGCCAGAGUUCUGAGUACGUCUUGAUCUUCAGACUCGCUGUACGAUUUUUUUUGUACAUUACGAUUCACGAUGCCGCCGUCUCCGAAGAUGAAGAUCAGGGGUAA